AUAAUUAAUACCAGCUCGCGUUUAUUGGCAACACUGCUUAGUGAGGUUAUAUGUUUGUAUCAUAAACCGUAUUUGUUGUUUUGGUUAUUAAGAAUAUAUAUCUGUUAGAAGUAAAAUGACUAAGUUAGAAGUUAGACCGGAGGAGAAGACUACGGGUGACAAUGAAGAUUCUGAAUCGGUUGAAGAACAGCCUUUGGAUAUUGGUGAACAUUACCUUGUAAGGCGUAAAUCUGACGAUUGGCAUCCUGCUGAAAUCAUCCAGUCCCGUUUCAAUGAACAGGAGAAUCAUUAUGAGUAUUAUGUCCACUAUGAAGGAUAUAAUAGGCGUUUGGAUGAAUGGGUUCCAAGAGAUAGGAUAAUGAACUCAAGGUUUGAUAUGUCUGAUCAACAGUGGAAGAAUGUGAAUGUUGAAAAAGGUACUGUUGAUAUACUUGAACUCACUGAUAGGAAAAUAACCAGAAACCAAAAGAGGCGCCAUGAUGAAAUUAAUCACAUCCAAAAGACUUAUGCUGAAAUGGAUCCUACUACUGCUGCACUUGAGAAAGAGCAUGAAGCUAUUACCAAAGUAAAGUACAUAGACAGAGUUCAAAUAGGAGUUUAUGAAAUUGAUACGUGGUAUUUCAGUCCUUACCCUGAUGAAUAUGGAAAAGCCAGUAAACUUUGGAUCUGUGAAUACUGUCUGAAAUAUCAUAAAUUUGAAACAUCAUAUUGUAUGCACCUUAAUCAGUGUAAGAGACGACAACCUCCAGGUAAUGAAAUUUAUCGAAAAGGUACCCUAGCUAUUUGGGAAAUUGAUGCUCUCCAACAUAAAAUGUACUGUCAAAACUUGUGUCUCCUUGCCAAAUUAUUCCUUGACCAUAAAACUCUGUACUUUGAUGUUGAUCCGUUCCUGUUUUAUGUGCUCUGUGAAGUUGACAAGGAAGGGGCUCAUAUUGUAGGCUACUUUUCAAAGGAGAAAGAUUCACCUGAUGGAAAUAAUGUGGCCUGCAUUCUAACAUUGCCACCAUACCAGAGGCAAGGUUAUGGAAAGUUACUGAUUGCAUUUUCUUAUGAAUUAUCGAAACUAGAAGGAGCGGUUGGAACACCUGAAAAGCCAUUGUCCGAUUUAGGAAAGCUGUCCUAUCGAUCUUAUUGGUCAUGGGUGUUGUUGGAUGUAUUAAGGGACUUUAGGGGAUCAGUAUCAAUAAAGGAUCUUAGUGAAAUGACUAGUAUUACUCAAACGGACAUUAUAUCUACCCUGCAGAGCAUGAACAUGGUAAAAUACUGGAAAGGACAACAUGUCAUUUGUGUGACACCAAAAUUGGUUGAAGAACAUAUUCGAUCCGCUCAGUUCAAGCGACCGAGAUUAUCCGUUGAUGUAUGUCAACUCAAGUGGGCUCCUAGGCGAAAUAAAACUGGAAAGAGAUAAUUAAUAAAAGGUUGCCUUGUGCUAAAUAAAAGGUGAUUGAAGAAAAGAAUUUUAUAGGAUAUUAGUUUUUAAAUGUCACUUGUUACCUGUUAUUAUAUAACUUGAAAGUAUAACUCAUAUUGUUUGUAAUAAAUAACAAAAGAAGUUGUUUGUAUU